UUCUUUUUUUUGAAUUGCCAAUUCCAAGUUUGAGUGGGGCUCUCUGGCUUUCCUUCUUUACUUUUCAGCAUCAAUCAUUUCCUUUUGGCACUCUUCCGUUCUCUUUUGAAUCCAAAAGCCACCCCCAGAAGAAGAGAAGAGAAAGAAAUUUUCAUUUUUGUUCUUCUUCUUGGAGCACUCAUUUCAUCCAUCCAUGGCUUCUGAGACUGUUGUAUCUGAUCAUCACACUCCUGAUGAAACGGUUGAGAAGAAGGAAAAUGAAGAGAACAAGAUAAUCAAAGAGGAGGAAACAAAGGAACAGAUCACCAAAGACAUUGAACCCGAGAGUCCAGACAUCCGAGUCCCUAAAGCAGAAGAACCGACCCCCGAGGAGCAGAUCAAACCUUCUGUAGCAGUUGAAGGUGGAGCUGUUUCCAAGGCACGUCCUGAGGCUGGCUCAAAGGCGGAAGAAAUUUCUGAAGCGCCGAACCCUCCAGAUUUGGCAACCGAGCCUGUUGGUAGCCAACCAGAUGAUACAACUGUAACCGAUGUGUCUCAGGCUGAGACACCUAUUGAAGUUGUUGGAGACGAACAAAAGGAGAAAGAAGUUGAGGCGGUUGUUGCAGAUGAACCGAAGGAGAAAGCAGUUGAGGCGGUUGUUGCAGAUGAACUGAAGGAGAAAGCAGUCGAGGUGGUUGUUGCAGAUGAACCCAAGGAGAAAGAAGUCGAGGCGGUUGUUGCAGAUGAACCGAAGGAGAAAGAAGUCGAGGCCGUUGUUGCACCUGAACCGAAGGAAAAAGAAGUCGAGGCAGUUGUUGCACCCGAACCAAAGGAGAAAGAAGUCGCGGCCGUUGUUGCAGAUGAACCGAAGGAGAAAGAAGUCGAGGCGGUUGUUGCACCUGAACCAAAGGAGAAAGAAGUCGAGGCGGCUGUUGCACCUGAACUAAAGGAGAAAGAAGUGGAGGCCGUUGUUGCGCCUGAACUAAAGGAGAAAGAAGUCGAAGCGUUCGUUGCAGCUGAACCAAAGGAGAAAGAAGUUGAAGCAGUUAUAGAAGUUGAGCCUCAGGCAGUUAAACUAGAAGAAAAAGAAGCAGCGGUUGAAGAAGUUAUAGUUGAAUCGAAGGAGGAACCUGCGACUGAAGAAAUCAAAGAAAAGGUAGAGGACAAAGCAGUUGUGGUGGAUGCAGUUGAGAGUAAAUCCGAGGAAAAAGUGGCUAGCGAACAAGUUGAAAGUAAGGUAGAGGAGAAAUUGACAGCUGAAGUGGUUGAAGAUGAAGUAAAGGAGAAGCCUGCAAGUGAAGUAGUCGGAAAAGAACCUGAGGAGAAAGUCGUGGAGGAAGCUGAUGCCAAAGAACCGGAAAAAGGAGCAAUUGAAGCUGUUGUAUGCGAAACAGAAGAAGAAUCGGUUGUUGAACCAGUCAAAGAGAAGGCGGUUGAUGAGCCGAAAAUAGCAGCCGCUGAAACCAUCGAGCCGACUGAAGCAGCAGCCAGCAACGUGGCCGAGCUGACUGAAGCAGCAGAAGCAGAAACCAAGGUAGAGGAUAAGCCAGAAUUGACUAAAGAAGCAGAGAAUAAACCCCAAGAAGUCGCCAAUGUUGUGGAGAAUGUGCUGGAGAGCGUCGAGGAAGUCAAGCCCAUGGAGAAGACAGAGGUUAAGGUAGCAAGAGAUCUCAGGUCGGUGAUGGAUGAGUUCGAUGGCGUCACGUCCUCCAAGGAAGAAAAGAUUGAAGAGGCACCCGCUGUUACAGAAACCAAUUCUACUGUUGCUGAGGAAGCUCCAGCUGUUGUUGAGAAGGAAGUUCCCAUGGAUGCAAACGGUCAACAAAUGGCAUCUGUAGUGGAUGGCGUUGUGGAGGAGGAAGCGAAAGUUGACGCGGAAAAGGAAGAAGAAAAGAUAGAGAAACUUGAUGAGAAAGACAAAGAAACCAGAAAAGAUGAGGUGACUAAAAUGGAAAAUGCAAGUGCCGUAACCGAGCAAAAUUUGACAGGCACUGCUGAGUUGGAGAAGGAAGAGACACUGGCUCCAGUCGAAGCACAGGAAGCCAAAGAGGUCAAGGCAGAGGAGGAGGCCGAGAAUGGCGUUGCAAAAGGUGACAUUGAUGCAAAACUUGCGCCUCCUCAAACUGACGAGACUGCAAAGGAUGGCGACGACACCAAAGCAUCAAGGGACCUGCCUGCACAAGAGAUCUCAGUGAAAAAGCAGUCGGGUAACAUAAUGUCAAAGGUGAAGCAAUUAGGUGUGAAGGUAAAGAAAGCCAUCGUCGGGAAAUCCCUAAGCUCCAAGACACUGACGACAGAGGCCAAGGGCGAAGAGAAAGUCAAGUGAGAGCAAUCAAAGGACAAAAGAAAACUUGCAACAUUGUUUGGUCAGCUUUUCUCUGCUGUUAUAUUAUUUCGUAGUUGCAUCGAGGUCUUACCCUGCAUAUUACUGGCAAUGUAAAUAGAGGGUAAUGACCAAUUCACAUUUGUUUGAUGGAAGUGAGAGUCUGUUCUUUUCCCUUCUUUUAGGUUUGUGUCACAUAGGUAGUAACCACUGGUUUUGGGUUUUCUCAAUUUGAGAGAGAAAGAGAGAGAGAUUAUAGAUGUUAUUACUAUUCGUUGGAUUGGUUGGUGUUUAUUUGUGGCGAGUGAUUUGUGUGAUAUGCUUCAUUGGAUUAGACAAUUUGUAUGGAUUCUUUGUGAGUUGCUUGCAAUAAAUUAUAUACACGUUUAUGAUA